CAAGCACGCGUUUUUAUUUUUAUUUUAUUUUUUAAGCCCAGUGGCUAUCAAAUGAAAUCAAGUCUCGAAUUCACACGUCAGUUUCAUUAGCGCACGAAUCGUCUGCAAUGGCCCAACUACACGUAACUAGCUACAUUUUGAUGUUAAUUUCGACAUUGAAAUUGGUUGAUUCUACCUGUACUUAUCUCGGACGAACCUACAAGACCGCGGACAGGUUUCCCAAGGGGGAAUCUUGCAACAUGUGCACGUGCCGGGAGUCCGGAAAAGUGGACUGUACUACCAUCACCUGCUACCAGUUUCCCAAAUGCCGUUACAAGGGUUUGGUUCACGAGGCCGGAAGUCGGUUCCCUUCCGGUGACGGGUGUAACGAGUGUAUCUGUACCACUCUGGGUGUCCCCCAAUGUACCAAGUAUAAAUGUUACCCCGACUGUACAUAUAACGGAUUAAAGUAUAAAAAGGGACAAACGUUUCCAAAGGGAGAUAACUGCAACAAUUAUUGCACGUGCACAGUGACCGGUAAAGUGGAAUGUACCCAAAAUACGUAUUGUUCCUCAGAUUGUGUGUACAAUGGACAGACAUACAGUACGGGGCAGGAGUUCCAGUCGUCUGAUGGCUGCCGACUCUGUCAGUGUACCGCCGACGGAUCCUACACGUGCUCAGAGAACUACUGUCUCAGAGAUUCCAACAACCUGGUCAAAUAAAGAUUAAACAAAAUUGUCCUAAACGUUAUCUUUUGUUUAUAACGUGUGAUAUAGCGUACAACCUUUUUAUCCCGAAGCCUUUGUAAAACGAACUUCCUACGACAACAAUAAGAUGAAACUACUGUCUCAGAGAUUCCAACAGUCUAGUUAAAUAAAGAUUAAGCAAAAACUGCGUUAUCGUCUGUUUAUAGCAUGUGUUAUAUCAUACAACCUUUUUAUCCCGAAGCCUUUGUAAAACGAACUUCCUACGACAACAAUAAGAUGAAACAACUGUUAUUACCUGUCUGUUAUAACUAUUUACCUUAUCAAACAAGGAAUUAUAAUGCAAUGGCUUCUUGUUAUUCACCUGUACGUAUAUCAGAUCAGUCGUGGGUUAUUUUACACAUGUAUGCGACAUUUGUGUAGACGUGUUGUAAAAAACAAUUAUUCAUUGGGUGGAUGUAGCCGGAAAUCAAAUGAAUAAGAUUUUAUACAACCAGCAAUAUGUGGAAGGUUUUACCUUUUAUUUGUGAUAAUAUAACAAAAAAUCAUGGUCUGCCUUUUU